UAUUAAAGUUGUUUUCCAGAGGAAACAUCACGAUUCAUCUGAGACCUCAAAGGAAAUAAACUGUGUGAAUGUUUGACUGCUUGGGGCUUCCGUACAGUUAAACAAUAAAUACACUAUAAUACAUUGUAAUAGAUUACUUCUAGACUGUAGUACUUCUACAAUAAAGUAUCACUUGCCUCCUUGCCAUCUUUCAUUCCUCCUGCGAUCUUAUUGGCUGCUCAGAUGUUCUUUUGCUGUCAGCCAAUAGGAGCCCAGAUGCUGCCGUUCUCGGCUCCUAUUGGCUGAAGGCAGCAUAAAGCCGGUGUCCGGAGCUCGUGCGGAGCUCAGAUGUCCGGCACGCGCUGUGAGCCUGAAACACUCGCGAUGCGCGCGCAGGGCUUUUAAUUGAGUUUCAUUAAUUUGAAUAAUUAAUUGAUUAGAACAACAUGAGGCUCGGGCUCUGGUGCGUCUGGACCGGCUGGAUCUUCAGCCUUCACGCCGCGGCUCAGCAUCCUCCUGACCGGGAGGAGGGAGGCGUGCAGCCCGGCCGGAGCAGCUCACCGACCCCGCUGCGGCUGGACGUCAGGAAGCCGGAGACGGUGAGGGGAGCCGGGGGGAAGGCCGGCGGCAGGAGGGCGGCUCUGGACGGGCCUCGUGUCUGUGGAGCUCGCUGUUGUGUCGGAUGGACGCUGUCGCCUAAAACCAGACGAUGCACCAAACCCAGGUGUCUCCCUCGUUGCCAUAACAACGCGUUGUGUCGACAGUCGAACCGCUGCGUGUGUCGUCGAGGUUUCCGUGGUUACCGCUGUGAAGUUUCCAUGGUAACGUUUCCUCCGUCAGGACACCCGCUGACCACCGCCCGACCCACCAGACCUGAACCAGGAGCCACCACAGAGAACAGCAGACCAGAACCAGGAUCCUCGGCCCCGCAGACCAGCACCCCGGGCUCCUCUGGUCCUGAUCCGUUUGGACACGUCGGAGUUAAAAUGGACAACGGAGCCAACGAGCUGUUUGAGAUGCAGGAGCAGAACCGGGCCUCCACAAAGAGGACGGGGGAGCCCCUCCGGCCCCGCAGAGGGGAACCCGAGGACACCGUGGUGGGCCAGAGUCCAAAAUCAAAGUCUGAUCCAGAACCAAAGAUAGCUUCAGGGUCUCACAGGAAGGACACAGGAAGGACCACAUGUGGACUCUGUGUCCUGGUCUAAGACAGAUGGCAACAUGUCGCUGGAUCCAAAAGAAAGUUUGAUCCGACAGACAGAGGACGGGUCAACAAGGUCCAGGUCCAAAGAGGAGGACGGCACCGGGCCUGGCCCACAGGACGGACUGAGUCCAGAGUCUGGUCCUGGUCUGGACGGACAGAAGAGUGAGGAUGAUUUAACGAGAGAGAAGAAGACGCUGAGCAGCAAUGGUCCUGGAGGACAGAGGAGUUUGGACGUGACAGGAGAGAAGAAGAAGAAGAAGCAGACGCUGAGUCUGAGGGAGGCCCAGGCCGUGCUGCUGAGGAAGACUCAGGGAGGGGAAGGAGACAAGAUGGCCGCCCUGCUGAUGAAGCACGUUGAGAAGGAGAAGAAGAAACUUCUCACGGUGACCUCGACCUCGACCUCUUCAUCCUCUGCCACACCGUCGUCCUCAGUGAAAAGCAGCGUGAGGACGUUCCACACUCAGAAGGGCCAGUACACGGUCCACUUCAAUGAACCCACGGGUCAGUGA